AUGUGGAGGCAGGACACGGAAACCAAGUAUUCCGCCACUUCAAAAAGAGGGAUCUUCCUGAAGUGGGUGGACAGCGUUCAAGGCCCCGGAAGUACCCUGAGGACAGAUUUGUGGUCUGACGACUCUAGUGGGGAAACCAUAGUGUUGUGGAGAAGUAGCUUCCCUUGGUCCAAGAAGGUGUCAUAUCGCUUCAGAGUCGUCCACAGGCCGCUGAUCGGUGUCAUUCGAGUGUAUGUCAGUUGCGGAAAGACUUUGUUAGUCGAUUCUGGGAACAUUUAUGACAGCCGUUUGACUGGCGGAAGACGUGGGAAACGAAUGUAUAAGAAAAAGUUUAUGUUAUCACAGCAUAAGGGACACAAAAAGAUCCCUCAAAAGAUGUACGACGCCCUGUCUACGUCGUUACAAGCGGUCUCCGAGGUAGAGGACGACCCCAUGUACCCUUUGUGCUGGGAUUGCCAUUACUACGCUGACUGCAACAUCGUCGGCUCCUCCCACACGUGCACUUGCAAACCAGGAUACACCGGGGACGGAACAAGCUGUAUCAACCCUUGUCAGCACACGGUGUGCCCUGAGGGAAGUUUCUGCAACCAAACCUUCACCGGGAGCUUCUACACUUGCACCAAAUACCCAGUGUGGUUGGUUGAGUCCCCGUGCCCAGAAGGUCAAGCCGGGAAUGGCACCAUCUGCGGCCUCGACAGUGACGAAGACGGAUACCCUGACGUGUCUCUGGACUGCCUCGAUCAACGCUGCGCUCAAGACAACUGCGUCUACGUCUACAACCCGGACCAGCUCGACGCCGACGGUGACUACGUGGGCGACGCCUGCGAUCUCGACAAAGACGGAGAUGGGAGGAACACGAGAUUCGACAACUGCCCUUUGGUCAUGAACUUCAACCAGGCAGACUUCGAUGCCGAUGACCACGGAGAUGCCUGUGACAACUGCUACAACGUCCAAAACCCGACCCAGCGUGACAUAGACGGCGAUGGCCUGGGUGACGAGUGUGAUGACGAUGCGGAUGGUGAUGGAAUUCUCAAUACCAAUGACAACUGCAUCAGCGUUAGUAACCCUGAUCAAAUGGACUCCGACGGAGACGGCGUUGGCAACGUUUGUGACAACUGCCUUCAAAUAUUUAACCCGCUUCAAAAUGACGCCGAUGAAGACUUUGUUGGGGAUGAAUGUGAUACCGAUAUUGACACUGACAGCGAUGGUGUUCAGGAUGAUUUAGACAACUGCCCGAACGUUGCCAAUCCUGACCAACUUAACUACGACGGAGACGCAGCUGGCGACGCGUGUGAUGACGACGCCGAUGGAGACGGCGUCCUCAAUGGCGUCGACAAGUGUCCUCUCGUCCACGACCCGGCCCAGCUUGACUCGGACGGGGACGGCGUCGGAGACAUCUGCGAAAACGACUACGACCAGGACGGCAUCCAAGACGCCCUCGAUAACUGCCCCGAAAACAACGAGAUUUUCACCACGGAGUUUGUGAACGUGACUGUCGUCCUCCUCUCGACUCAAGUAGAAACCCCUAAAUAUCACUUUCUGCCGUCGAGAACCGGUUUCUUUUUGCGGUUCACAGCUGAAACCACUUUUGCUAUAGGUAGCAUUAGGUUUGGCGGCGUCGACUUCCAGGGCACGUUCAUUGUCGAAGCAACAGACGACGAUUUCGUCGGAUUCGUCUUCAGCUAUCAAGCUUUCGGCAAGAGUUACUUAGUGAACAUGAAGAAAAACUUACAAAGUUACACCGUCGGCGAGAUAGCUGCAGGGACGCAGCUCAAGCUCGUGAAUUCUCAGACCAGCACAAAGGGUGAUGAGCGCGGUAUUGAGAACGCUCUGUACAACACCGCCAGCAUUCCGGGCGAGACUACCCUGCUUUGGUUCGACAGCAACGCCAUCUGGAAUCCGAACGUGAACUACAACUUCCGAGUGUCCCAUCGGCCGAACAUCGGGCUCAUAAGGGUCUACAUUGCAGAAAACGGGAAACUGUUGACCGAUUCCGGAAACAUUUACAACGACGAACUAAAGGGAGGUCGCCUUGGGGUAUCGGCCACGGACGAGUAUCGGGUUACGUGGGUUAAUCUGAAAUACAGUUGCAAUGAGAAAGUGUCUCAGGAGAUCUACGAUGACUUGCCCCAAGCACUGAAGGACCAGGUGGAGCUUGAAACCACACCCUAAUAUACACAGACCCAGAAAGCCGGAAAGACAACUGAUUUACCCCCAUCGAUCAACUGUUUGUCAGCUCUAACUCUCGGAAAAAGUUCCAGAUGAAAUAUCUCAUUUUUUUUCUAGAUUUAUCAAGGCUGAUUCACCGUUAUUCUUGGUUUUAACUGGGAGUUUCAUUAAUAUGUGUUUGUGUUCACAGUUUUGUUUAAGGAGAAAUACAAAUUCGAAAUAUAUUAAUAAUCCUGCACCACUUCAGAUGAAAUUAAUAAUGUUACAACGAAUAAAAAAUAAAACACAAAGCAUGCAAUAACCCAAGUAUAUUGUCUGAAAACACAAGCUGAAGUUGAACAAGAAUUGUGUACUUUUUCGCAACUUCGUGAGGUAGAAUGGUUUGUUGGUGAGCCUUAAUUAAUAAAAACAU